AUGGGCGAUCAGAAGGGCACGCGCGUCUACGUCGGCAACCUCACCGAUAAAGUGAAGAAGGAGGAUCUCGAGGGCGAAUUCACCAAGUACGGUAAAUUGAACUCUGUCUGGGUAGCUUUCAAUCCGCCAGGUUUUGCGUUCAUUGAGUUCGAAAUCAAGGAAGAAGCGGAAACGGCCUGCGACAAUCUGAACGGCCAGGACAUACUCGGCUCGAAGCUGCGCGUCGAAAUUUCCAAAGGCCGCCGCAAUCCGCGGGGCGCCACGCGCGGUUUUGGCCGCGGACCGCCCAGCCGCAACGGUGGGGGAAGUGGUGGAAGUAGCGGCACGGGCGGUAGCAGCAGCUUCCGCAAUGGAUCCCGCGGCGGGUUCCGCGAUGGGUCCAGCUAUCGGAGCGGCAGCGGCGGUGGCGGUGGCAGCGGAAGUGGCAGCUUCCGCGGUGGCAGUCGCAGCUCCGGGCGAUUCGACGGCGGAUACGGUAGCAGUGGCGGUGGCGGCGGCGGCGGUGGUGGUGGCGGACGCUCGACCGGUGGCUACAGUCGCGACGGUGGACGCGAUGGGGGCUACGGUAGCAGCAGCGGAAGCUUCGGCGGUGGCUAUGGCGGUGGUGGCCGCAGUGGUGGUGGCGGAGGCGGCAGCGGUGGCGGUGGUGGCGGUGGCCGCUUCCGCUCGCGAUCACCGGUUGGGGCACGCGGUCGGUACUAGAGAGAGAAGGGAAGUAGUACAGAGCAAACCCGCACAAAACACGAAAUGGGGACAUCCUUGGUCUCUCCCUCCCCGGUUUGACACAUUCUCUCGGUGAUUCGGUGUCUGCUCAAUCGUCAUCCCGGAAGUAGCAAAAGUGCGUCACCGAUGGGACGCAAGAACAUUUUUGGUAGCAUUUAAGAAGGCACGAAAACAAAAACCACACACUGUACAUUUUGUAGUCAUACGAGGAAAAGCGGGAGGGAUGGAGGCCUUUCUAAGUUUUCCCUCAACGCAAGACGCAUUUUCGUUCAUUUUCCCCGUUCAUCAUCACCACUAUUCCCGUUUGGCAUGGAAUAGUUUUAUUUUUAGUUUAAACCCCUCGGGAUUGGGCGCAUCGCUCGCCGUAUCCCUCGGUAUUAAGUUUAUUUUAAGAAAAUGCGACAGGUAGU